GAGCGGGCGCAGCAAAGUGCGGCCGCCUCUCCCGCCCCGCCUCCCCGCGGCCCCCAGCGGCCCGCCGGACUCAGUCGGGCGGAGCGGUGCCCGCGCCCGCGGACUGCGGAGUUAUAAAGAAGUCGCGGGCCGCAGUGGGCCGGGCGGGGCGGGCCAAGGACACUGGAGUUGGCGAGUCCCCGCCCGCGCGGCGCCGCCCUCCCGCCGCCGCCCGCCGCGGCCCGGCGGACUCCCCGGGGCAGCCGAGGCGGGGCCGGGGGGCCGCCGCUGCGAGAGGCGCGUCUCGCUCCCGCCUCCCCCGCCGGCCUCCCCUCCACCUAGCUCCCCCGCCUGCUUACCGCCCUCCCCGCCCCCACCGCUCUCAUUCUGCUCCCCAAGUGAGCCGGGCGCGCGAGAGGCAGGCGGGGCGGCGCGGAGCUCCAGCCCAGUUCGCACGCCGCCCGCUUUUCCCGCAGCUCCCCGCCGCCGCUCCUGAAGCCGCCGCCGCCAGCGCGUCGGAGGAGCCCAGCAUGGCCUGGCCGGGCUGGCCGCGCCGCGCUUCCCGGGGGGCCUGGGCGCUCCUGGGCGCCGCGCUCGUCUACGCCGCGCUGGGGGCCGGGGUGCGCUCGGAGCAGCAGAUCCCGCUCUCUGUGGUGAAGCUGUGGGCCUCCGCAUUCGGUGGGGAGAUCAAGUCCAUCGCUGCCAAGUACUCUGGUUCCCAGCUCCUGCAAAAGAAAUACAAAGAGUAUGAGAAAGAUGUCACAAUAGAAGAGAUUGAUGGGCUCCAACUGGUGAAGAAGCUGGCAAAGAACAUGGAAGAGAUGUUUCAUAAAAAGUCAGAGGCAGUGAGGCGUCUUGUGGAGGCUGCAGAGGAAGCACACUUGAAACAUGAAUUUGAUGCCGACUUACAGUAUGAAUAUUUCAACGCUGUGCUGAUCAAUGAAAGGGACAAAGAUGGGAACUUCUUGGAGCUGGGGAAGGAGUUCAUCUUAGCCCCCAAUGACCACUUUAAUAAUCUGCCUGUCAACAUCAGCCUGAGUGAUGUCCAAGUGCCAACCAAUAUGUAUAACAAAGACCCAGCAAUUGUCAACGGGGUCUAUUGGUCCGAAUCCCUGAACAAAGUUUUUGUAGAUAACUUUGACCGAGACCCAUCUCUCAUAUGGCAGUACUUCGGAAGUGCAAAGGGCUUUUUCAGACAGUAUCCAGGGAUUAAAUGGGAACCAGAUGAGAAUGGAGUCAUCGCCUUCGACUGCAGGAACCGAAAAUGGUACAUCCAGGCAGCUACGUCCCCCAAAGAUGUGGUCAUUUUGGUGGAUGUCAGUGGCAGCAUGAAAGGACUCCGCCUGACCAUCGCCAAGCAGACAGUCUCCUCUAUUUUGGAUACACUGGGGGACGAUGACUUCUUCAACAUAAUCGCUUAUAACAAGGAACUUCACUAUGUGGAACCUUGCCUGAAUGGAACACUGGUGCAAGCCGACAGGACCAACAAAGAGCACUUCCGGGAACAUCUGGACAAACUCUUUGCCAAAGGAAUUGGAAUGCUGGACAUCGCUCUGAAUGAAGCUUUCAACAUUCUCAGUGACUUCAACCACACAGGACAAGGAAGCAUCUGCAGCCAGGCCAUCAUGCUCAUCACCGAUGGCGCGGUGGACACCUAUGACACCAUCUUUGCGAAAUACAACUGGCCUGAUCGAAAGGUGCGCAUCUUCACCUACCUCAUUGGGCGGGAGGCCGCAUUUGCAGACAACCUCAAGUGGAUGGCCUGUGCCAACAAAGGAUUCUUCACGCAGAUCUCCACCUUGGCUGAUGUGCAAGAAAAUGUCAUGGAGUACCUCCAUGUGCUCAGCCGACCCAAGGUCAUCGACCAGGAGCAUGAUGUGGUGUGGACUGAAGCUUACAUCGACAGCACUCUCCCUCAGGCACAAAAGCUUGCCGAUGAUCAGGGCCUUGUCCUGAUGACUACAGUCGCCAUGCCUGUGUUUAGUAAGCAGAAUGAAACCAGAUCAAAGGGCAUUCUUCUGGGCGUGGUUGGCACAGAUGUCCCCGUCAAAGAACUUCUGAAGACCAUUCCUAAAUACAAGUUGGGAAUUCAUGGCUAUGCCUUUGCAAUCACAAACAAUGGCUACAUCCUGACGCACCCAGAGCUCAGACCACUGUAUGAAGAAGGGAAAAAACGACGGAAGCCUGACUAUAGUAGUGUUGACCUUUCUGAGGUUGAGUGGGAAGACCGGGAUGAUGUGUUAAGAAAUGCCAUGGUGAAUCGGAAGACCGGAAAGUUUUCCAUGGAAGUGAAGAAGACAGUGGACAAAGGGAAACGGGUUUUGGUGAUGACAAAUGACUACUAUUAUACAGACAUCAAGGGUACUCCUUUCAGUUUAGGUGUGGCGCUCUCCAGAGGCCAUGGGAAAUAUUUCUUCCGAGGGAACGUGACCAUUGAAGAAGGUCUGCAUGACUUGGAACAUCCUGAUGUGUCCUUGGCAGAUGAAUGGUCCUACUGCAAUACAGACCUGCACCCUGAGCACCGGCACCUGUCUCAACUAGAUGCUAUUAAGCUCUACCUCAAAGGCAAAGAACCCCUGCUCCAAUGUGAUAAAGAACUGAUACAAGAAGUUCUUUUUGAUGCCGUGGUGAGUGCUCCCAUUGAAGCCUACUGGACCAGCCUCGCCCUCAACAAGUCCGAGAAUUCUGACAAGGGUGUGGAGGUGGCCUUUCUGGGUACUCGUACCGGACUCUCCAGGAUCAACCUGUUUGUUGGAGCAGAACAGCUCACCAACCAGGACUUCUUGAAGGCUGGAGACAAGGAGAACAUUUUUAAUGCAGACCAUUUCCCUCUCUGGUACCGGAGGGCAGCUGAGCAGAUUCCAGGGAGCUUUGUCUACUCCAUUCCAUUUAGCACAGGAGCCGUCAACAAAAGUAAUGUGGUGACAGCAAGCACAUCCAUUCAGCUCCUGGAUGAACGGAAGUCUCCUGUGGUGGCAGCUGUAGGCAUUCAGAUGAAACUUGAAUUUUUCCAAAGGAAGUUCUGGACUGCCAGCAGACAGUGUGCCUCUCUGGAUGGCAAAUGUUCCAUCAGCUGCGAUGAUGAGACAGUGAACUGUUACCUCAUCGACAAUAAUGGAUUUAUCCUGGUUUCUGAAGACUAUACACAGACUGGAGACUUUUUUGGAGAGGUCGAGGGAGCUGUGAUGAACAAAUUGUUAACAAUGGGCUCCUUCAAGAGAAUCACCCUUUAUGACUAUCAAGCCAUGUGCAGAGCCAACAAGGAGAGCAGCGAUGGUGCUCAUGGGCUCCUGGAUCCUUACCAUGCUUUCCUUGCUGCAGCAAAAUGGAUAAUGACAGAACUUGUCUUGUUCCUUGUGGAAUUUAACCUCUGCAGUUGGUGGCACUCAGAUAUGACAGCCAAAGCCCAGAAACUGAAGCAGACCCUGGAGCCUUGUGAUACUGAAUAUCCAGCAUUUGUCUCUGAGCGCACCAUCAAGGAAACCUCAGGGAACAUUGCUUGUGAAGACUGCUCCAAGUCCUUUGUCAUCCAGCAGAUCCCAAGCAGCAAUCUGUUCAUGGUGGUGGUGGACAGCAGCUGCCUCUGUGAGUCUGUGGCUCCCAUCACCAUGGCACCCAUUGAAAUCAGGUAUAAUGAAUCCCUUAAGUGUGAACGGUUAAAGGCUCAGAAGAUCAGAAGGCGUCCGGAAUCAUGUCAUGGAUUUCAUCCUGAGGAGAAUGCAAGGGAGUGUGGAGGUGUAUCCAGCCUUCAGGCCAAGGUGGUCCUUGUGCUGUUCCCUCUACUUUUGAUGCUCUUCUCAAGGUGACAUUGAGAAGUUCUCUUGGCAUGCUAAGUUAUGGAUAAACUGUGAACCAAAAUAUGGUGCAACAUAGGCAACAUGAAAAUAUAGUCCAACCAUCAGCAUUUCAUUUUAAACUGUGCGUGAUAUAAACUUAAAAAAUAUGUUGACAAAAAUCAAAGUUAUCUUUUUACUUUGCCAGUCAUGCAAUGUGAGUUUGCCUCAUGAUUAUUCAUCCUUCAUCAGAAAUGGGGCUGCCAAGGAGCAAUGUCCCUUCUGCUUGGAACCCAUGGAUAUCAAUUUAAGAACCAUGUACUUUUUAAAUAAAGUAUAUUAAAAUCAUCA